CGCGGAGACUAACACCAGACCACCCACAACCUUUUCAACAAACUGCGCCGUUAAGAAAAGCUGCUCGAUGUAUCACAAAGAAAAGAGCAUCCAGAUCAAAAACAGCGCGUCGGCGCUGUACAACAACCUCAGCGUCCUGCGCAUCGCUCCGAGGCGCCUCACGUAUUUCACGGUGGUCCAUGCUAACGUGGUCAACAUGGUCAGCGCGUCCUGGGACGGCCUCAACUACUCCCACCGUCAGCUGCAGUCCAAGGAGCCUAAUGUCGCCACAAGCACCUCUCUCAUCAUGCAGGCUGCAUUUUGUGGUCUGCCCUCUCGUGAUCUGCUGGUGGUGACCUCUCAGAAAGGCAUUCAGAUGUAUGAAUCUGAUGGCUCCAUCAUGGUGUAUUGGCAUGCCCUGGAUACUCCGGAAACACCUACAGCUCAGGCCGUGUUUGCUCGAGGGAUAUCAGCAGUGUGGGAGAAUUACAUAUGUGUGGGCGUUUCAUCUGGUGCCAUUCUUGUAUUUGAUGUUCCCAGUAAAGGCAGUAAUAUAACCCUCUCUGAGGUCCUGGAGGAGCACAAGGAUUCUAUCACUGAUUUGGCCCCUGAGUGCUCUGGUAGCCAGGAGUGCAUAGCUGAUCUAGUCAGUGCAGAUGAUGGGGGCAGCCUGUGUGUGUGGAAGUCUGGGGAGGAAUUUCAGCUGCUUAACAAAAUCCCUGGCUUUGAUAUGAGCUGCUCAUCUGUCAAGCUGUGGAAAGGUACAGUGGUUGCAGGUUAUGGCACAGGUCAGAUCCGUCUCUAUGAGGCAGUGACUGGAAUUCUGCAUGCUGAGGUCAACGCCCAUGCUCGCUGGAUAUACUCACUAGACAUUGCUCCUUUUUCUGGACUGCUUUUGUCCGCUGCUGAGGACUCUUUUGUCAGGGUGUGGCACCUGACUGUGACCCCAGAGACAAACAGUGUGGAGGUUGCCCAUUUGCACAAUGAGUGUGUGACAGACACACAAAUCUGUGGCGCUAAGUUCUGUGACGGCGAUGGCUAUGCCUUUGCAGUGACAGGCUAUGACCUGAGUGAGAUUAUCCGCUACACACAGUUGUAGGACCUUGCUUUCAUUGAGGCUAAGUGUAUGAAUGUGAAAAUGGGUUGUAAUUCUGUGAGAACGAGGAUAUUUAACAUCAUCUUUUUUGGGAGAAGCAUCUUGGCAUUUUUGUGUCUACAUCUACAGAGGUUAGAAGGACAUCAACAUAUAACAAAAUAAUGCAAAAGUGUUAAAAGUUUAUAUAAAUAUUUGAAGUACAUAUGUUUACAUGUAUGUGAAUGUAGCUUUAAAAAGGAAUAAAAUAUUCUGUUCUUAUUUCUGACAUAAUCGUUGUUUCACACAAUAACUAGUAAAUUCAUAACGAAAGCUGCAUUUUUCUGAAUUUUAACGUUGCACUUCACAAAUGGACCAGUAGGUGGGGGUGUGGGCUAAUUAUUUUUCAGCAGGACAGUGUCAGUGUAGCGCGAGCAGAGUUAGCUAGAGGGCAGGGUGGAGUUAGCUAAAAGGUUAUGGACUGAAAGACAGACUAUUCGAGAAACUUCACAUUGUGAUUUGAUAAUGUGUGCAGACCACAGGAUGCUUGUCACUGGUGUUAUCCAGUAAACAUGGGCACAUUGCUGAGGGAGGUCUAACGUGUCUAAGGCAACUGUAAUGAAUAAUAAAAGUUUUACUUUUACAC